AUAACGAUUUACACAAGAUAGGAUCAUAAUGAGUCUUUAUUUAUUUUGAAAACGUUAUGGGCAUGUUGAUUGGGCUCAUUUUUUUGGGCUGAAAUUCAGCACUGGGGCGAGCUAUCGGCUUUCGUGCUGUCGGGGUCCCUUCUCUCUGCGGCCAGAAAUUUGGCAUUGCGAGCGACGACCAUGUGUUAUAUGCAUGGGUUCUUAAUUCGUGCACGGGUAAAUGAGAUCUCUUAGAGAUGUUAUGGUACACCAUGUUCAGGUUAUAAAAGCUGGUUUCACCUCAAACAUUUUUGCUUGCAAUCAGCUCAUUCGUCUCUACGCCAAUCAUGGACUGCCCCAUGCUGCCCACAAGCUGUUUGAUGAAAUGCCUCAGCGAAAUGUAUUCUCUUGGAACACAGUCAUAUCGGCUCAUAUCAAGGCUCGAAACCUGGCUCAAGCACGAGCACUUUUUGAUUCUGCCUCUCAUAAGGAUUUGGUUUCUUAUAACUCCAUGUUAUCUGGUUAUGUAAAUGCUGAUGGUUGUGAAACUGAAGCUCUUGAUUUGUUUACUACAAUGCAAUCUAUGCCUGUGAUAACUGGGAUUGAUGAGGUCACUCUGACGACAAUGAUUAACUUGGCCACAAAGCUGCGUGUUGCCCUUUUUGGAAGGCAAAUACAUUCAUAUAUGGUGAAAACUUCAAAUGAUGGAAGCGCAUAUGCAGUGAGUUCUCUUAUUGAUAUGUACUCAAAAUGUGGGUUAUUUGGCGAAUCUUGCAACGUUUUUAGUGGUUGUAAUGGAAAGGUGGAUUUGAUUUCAAAGAAUGCAAUGCUUGCCGCUUGUUUCAGGGAAGGAAAGAUGAACAUGGCUUUGAAUCUAUUUUGGGAAGAUCCCAAAUUGAACGACAUUAUAUCUUGGAAUACAUUGAUUGCAGGCUAUGCCCAGAAUAACCAUAUGGAGAAAUCACUUGCCUUGUUUGUUCAAAUGGUUCAAAAUGGCGUUGGGUGGGAUGAACGCACUUUAGUGAGUGUUUUGACCGCUUGCUCUGGCCUAAAAUGCUUAGCACUUGGGAAGUCUGUCCAUGCCUGGGUGUUGAAAAACGACUCAUUUUCUAAUCAAUUUAUUAGCAAUGCCAUUGUUGAUCUAUACUGUAAGCACGGGAAUCUCAAGUAUGCAGAAGCCGUUAAUGCAGGAACCAAGACUGAUAAUCUCUUUGCAGUUGCUUCAUUUAUUUCAGGCUAUUCAUCUCAAGGCAACAUGAAAGAGGCCCAAAGACUUUUUGAUUCACUAACAGAAAAAAAUUCCGUCGUCUGGACUGCUCUAAUUUCUGGUUAUGUCAAAGCAAAGCAAUGUCGGGUAGUCUUCAAACUUUUUAGAGAGUACAUGACCAAUGAAGCACUAGUUCCUGACGGAUUGGUCAUUAUCAGUGUGCUUGGUGCUUGUGCUAUAGAAGCCGCUCUUACUUUGGGAAAGCAAAUUCAUGCUCAUGUCUUGAGAAUGGGACUUGAAAUAAAUGAGAAAUUACCUAGUGCUUUAGUUGAUAUGUAUUCAAAAGGCGGGAAUAUAACAUAUGCUGAGAAAAUUUUUCGGCUAGUUGCUGAUAGUGAUAGAGAUACAGUCUUUUAUAACAUCAUGAUAGCCGGUUUUGCUCACCAUGGGCUUGUAAAUGAAGCAUUUCGGCUUUUUCACGAAAUGUUGAAGAAAAAUAUCAAGCCAGAUGCAGUGACUUUUGUUGCACUUCUAUCGGCAUGUGUACAUCGUGGACUAGUCAAUCAAGGAGAGCAGAUUUUUUGUUCCAUGGAAUUUGAUCACAAUAUUUUACCAGGUGCUGAACAUUAUGCAUGUCUGGUUGAUAUGUAUGGAAGGGCUAAUAGACUAGACAAGGCAAUAGAAUUCAUGAGUAACUUUCCUUUACAAAUGGACACUGCAAUCUGGGGAGCAUUCCUUCAUGCUUGUCGUUUAAGCGGCAAUAUAGAGCUUGCCAAAGAAGCUGCAGAGAAACUAUUGAAAGUUGAGGCAGAUAGUGGGGCUCGUUAUGUGCAAUUGGCUAAUGUAUAUGCUGCAGAGGGGAAUUGGGAUGAGAUGGGAAGAAUAAGGAACAAAAUGAGGGGAAGAGAGGCUAGGAAACUUGCUGGUUGCAGUUGGAUAUAUGUGGAAAAUGGUAUUCAUGUAUUUACUUCUGGUGAUAGUUCUCAUUCAAAAUCAGAUGUAAUAUAUUCAGCUUUAGUCUGUUUGAAUGAAAUAAUGUAUUUGUCAUCCGCAGAACUGGAACAGCUUUAUGAAAAUUCAGGGGAAUUCUGUUGAGGACAUAAAGUUUCAAUUAGCCAAUGCCAUUGAAUGUGAUUCUUUGGCACAUUAAUGGCGAAGUCCGUUUGUUUUGUGGGCAUCACAUCGUCAGAAUUCAACGCCGGAGGCAUGUGAAGACAAAUGUUGCAAGAAAACAGGAUAUAUUCAUCUUCAUAUUGCUAGGAAAAUGAUCAGAUGUUGUUAAAGCAAAACAGAACAGGAUAGAGCCAAAACCCAUGUUUACUGAGCCUCUAUGACAUGACAUGUUAAUUGGAGUUCAUUCUGUGUGACCUCUUCUUAUAUUCUUUAUUUAAAUUGUUUCACUACAAGGCAUGGUGAGUACGUGCCUUGUCCACA